AUGGCUAUCAAACCCACACCAAGCCCUACACCGAGAGGGACUCCGAGACUAGAGUUGUUGUUCGUUGGCGGAACUAAGGUUGCUGCGGGAGAACUACUUGUCGGUGUGGUUGUCGAAGGUGUCGCUACCGAAGACAUCAUUGUCGAAGAUGUCGCUGCCGAAGACGUUGUGGCGAAAGAUGCUGUCGAUACAUCCAAGGCCAAUAACGAUUGGAUUUCUGCAAUACUCUUAUCGUCGUCGCAAGGGGCUUGUCCAAGUUUGAUCGGUGCAAGUCGUACGCCAGAAGCUGCCCCAUGGUUCAUCACGUGUUGGGUAUGGAUUCCAGAUAAGACCGUUGGACUGACAGAUGUCAUUGGAAUCGUAACGACGAUCCAUACACAUGGAAUAUUGGUCGUUGUGACAAGGCUCAAAACCGUCCGCCACUGUACCGUUCCGCCAAUAACAGGUAGUAUAAUCCUCCAUCAUAGGCACACCUCCAGGCAGAAUAAAAAGCUUUUCCUCAUGCGCGCGAAGGCACGGCUCUUUAACAAUGCUGUGCAUUCUACCUGCCUAUGUGAACGCCCCCGAGUACUUAAGGCAAGACUCACGAAUUAUAGUCUCCGAACUACCGAAGUCCAAUUGGCGCCUAACCGUCUGGAAAAACGCCACCGGGGUCGCUGCACUCUGUGGCACUCUCUUGUCAACAGUCUGUACCAGCAUCCCCUGGUUCUCCUGACGCCAAAAGUGACAAGAAGGAUUGCGACUCCUGAUAACACUUUCUUCGUCGGAUACGGCUAUGCAGCCAAGACUGUGGCUGUAUUGGGGGCCUGA